GUCGGCCAUUUAGCCUCCCGAGAAUUCCCAUGCUCAGUACUUUCCGAGUUGACCAUAGUACUUUAUUUUGUUACGUACUAUCUUAAAAUCUCUGUCCUCCGUGUUCACGUGGUUCUCCCAGGCUGGAUCGUAGUAGCCAUCAAUCCAUAAGCUUCCAGAUACCCUUUCCCCGUUGAAUAAAAAUUUAAUUCCGAACGAAGGAUCGGAGUGAAUCAUGUUGUACGGCACCGACCGUACAAUGAACAAUGUACAACAAUGAACCUAAUUAUACAAUGAAUCUAAAAUUUAUUGUAGUUAAGUACCAGAAUAUGUAUAGCAAAUCUUGGACCAUUUUCCUUCUCUCCGAUGCUGUAAAUCAUACAUCCGCUGGUUCCAGUAGCAGUGUGCCUUAAAAGAGAAGAUUAAUUUUCUCCUUGUAGUUUGUUACCAUUAAACUAGUAUGGAAAAAUUUAGACACAUCAUAGUUUACGCAUAUUUGCUAACCUAAUUAAACAUUUGUUCCUACGUACUUUCUUUUACCAUCAUUAGUAGCAACUAUUUCUUACAGAAUGAUCAAUUUAAUCCAUAUCGAUAUAUAACGUCAUUAAUAAUUCAUUUAAUUUUUAUCAUCUAUUUAGAGCUGAAAAAUUGCUCGGUUUCGUCUACCUACUUAAUAUCUUUUAAAAUUAGUAGCUACUCAGACAGACGGAACUGCUUAAAUAUGUAACUCAAUUAUUUUUCCUAGACAAAUUCGUGAUUUUCUAAACAUUAGUUUUAAGUUAUUUACAUUUAACCUCCGAAUUUGUUUAAGAUACCAAUACCAUUAACUUUCACAAAUUCAUCCAAUCUUUAUUUACACCCAAUUGCUGCUAAUGAAGCCUUAUAAUGAAGCCAUGGAACUAUAUCGUGUGUUACCAAUAAUAUUCUUUAUUCACAAAUUUAAAUUAACUCAUAUUUUCAACAAUAAGUUUCAGAAUGCUGACAAUUAAUAAUGCAUAACAGUAUUAACUUCUUUCUUAGAUUUCAAAUUAAUUUUUAAUAUAGGCUUAGUCUCUGUUAGAAAGAAAAAUACCUGUAUUUAUACAUACAGGUAAUUGUCGUAGUCACAUCAUCAAUCCAUCCGUAGUUGGAAUAAAUUCUAAAAUUAUUCCCACAGAUCACUCAAAAAUUAUAAAUUUCUAAAAUUUGAGUACUUUACUCUAACCCAUCCUUCUCCAGAAAUGUCUUCUAACCUCGUCUGGUUCACCAUCUCCGCCAGUUUCCGUCUCAACCGACCCUUAUGGAACUGCCCUCUGCAAUGGGAUCCCAAAAGGAGGCGGUUCUUCCACAAAAGAUUAAUCUCAUUCUGGUGGUAUGUCGCCAUCUUUGGGAAUAUCCUCCUCCUGUGUUGUGGCUCCAUCGGAUAUGUUCUUUACGGCGAAAUGACCAAUCCCCAGGGACGAUUGCCACUCCAUUUCUUAGUCGAAUACGUGCUAGGUGGCGUUGCUUGUCUCUUCGUGACUGGCAUUUGCAUCUACAUCACAUUCUUCGCCGAUGAGACCGUCAUCGUUGUCAAUACAAUAAUUCGUUUGUACGAAGAAUUUCAUCCAUCUGUCAAUCCUCUAGGGGUAAGAUAUCCGAAACAGGAAAAAUUGUGCGGGAUACGAAUCCCCGACUUUUUGGACGCGGAUGGAAAAAUUGACAGAAUAGGUCUGACCCUACUAAUGGCCUUGUUACCAGCGCCCUUCAUUCCUCUCCCUGUGGCCCUUGCUUGUGUCUACCUUCUCAAAAUGGAUGUCUUCAUCUUCAUCCUGGAAGACCUUUUCCCGCAUUCUGUGGCCAACAGCAUAUUCCUCACUCCCUUCAGGGUAGCCCCCAUAUGGAUUGCAUCUGCCGAAAUGUGCAGAAUAUUCCCGUUCGUCGCCUUCGUUAUGGGCGUUCCCAUCCAACUAUUGUCCAAAUCGGGGCAAAUUCUGCUAAAUUCAGAACUACGGGGGAAAUCCGAAAUUCAAAGCAACACAAUUCUUGCACAGUUCAAUCAAUUGCGUGUAGUAAACACCGCGAUGGAAAACGUCCUUGCAGCCAUGACAUUUGUCCUCAUGGGAACCGGCCUCGUAAUCUCAUCCCUGCUGAAUUUUGCCACAAUCAGAUUCCUCGACGCCGCCCUGCCAAGGGUCUUCUACUUAAUGUUCCCAUUUUUAUCGGCCACCACCAUCGUCAUUAUCUUCACCCUCCUCCCAUUCGCGAUUGGGGAUUACGAAAAUUCCGUAGCAACUUUGUCCAGAUGGAGAGAAUUAGUAGGUUUAAAGGAUAAAUAAUUGCGCAAAAGGUUACUCGCCAUGCGGCCCUGGAUGUAUUACGCAGGCCUAAAUAAGCACUAUUUCUACUCUCUCACAAAAUCUAUGAAAGGCACUUACGGCCAUUGUCGAUAACACGGUCAAUUUGUUAAUCACCAUCCCAUCUGUGCACAUCUGAAUUUUUUCAGGCAAUUAUACAAUUCAUUUGAAAUUAUUUGAGUAAGCACGAAUACACUUCAAGUAAGUGGAGAAAACAAUUCCAACCAAAUUAUAUAGAAACUCGCGACGCCUUUCGCAAUUUAUUUUUGCUUCAUCAGGCUACAAAUCAGAAUUUAAAAUUUAAUUAAAUAAUUAUUUACAAAAUGUCAUAAUAUUAUAAAUUUAGAAUGCUGCUAAGAAUUACCGUGUUUCUAUUUUAGUUAUGUUUGUGUAUUAUUAGUGAAACAGUGAGUGUGGUUGACGUGAAAAGAUUUACACUGAAUUUGGGAUAGGUUUACAAAAGGUUUCCAAUGUAUUGGUUUUCUUAAAUGAUAUUACAAAUGAAAGCUUGGACAUAAUAUGUUUAUACUAAUCAGUAUUCCCCUUCUCGUUUUCUUUAUGAAUAAAGUUAAUUAGCAUAUCUUUAAACUUAAACAUGUUUUUAUAGAAUGGCAUUACGAGGUAUACCUUUUCUUGUUUUACUCUAUUCGGUUCCAAGUAAUUCUGAUAUUUACAUAAAAUAUUGGGAUUAUUAUUUGACAAUGAUUUUAAAAUUAAUUUAGUUUUUGGUUGUAAAAUAUAUUUUCUGUGCAUGCUCAUUAUUUGGGAUUUAAUUUGCGUUAAAAGCACUUGUGGAUAUCCCCUAGUCAUAAAUUUAUGAAACAUCAUUCAAAUUACAUCCCUCAUCGUUCGAACAUUCUUUUUACUCUUAAAAAUCGACUAAAUGGUAACGAAUUAAUUAAUGACCUUGGGUGAUUGGAUUUAUAAUGUAAAAAAGUGUAUUUUAUUUUGAUAAUUCAUAAGGAUCGUGGAGAUAAGCACUUCACAAAAGAUAUAAA